GGUGGGGCGGGGGGGAAGAGCGCGGCCGAGUCGGAGUGUGAAAGUGAGGAUGGCAUCGAAGGAGAUGCCGUGCUCUCUGACUAUGAAAGCGCCGAAGACUCGGAGGCAGAAGAAGAGGAUUACAGCGAGGAAGAAAGCUCCAAGGUGGAGCUGAAGCAGGACAGCAACGAUUCCUGCGAGUCAGCGGCCAGAGGGGAGAAGGGGAAUGAGAAGGCGGAUCCCAAAGGAGCCGUGACGGGCGAGCGGCAGAGCGGGGACGGGCAGGAGAGCACGGAGCCUGUGGAGAAGAAAGUCGGGAAGAAGGUUCCCAAGCACCUGGACGACGAUGAGGAUCGGAAGAACCCCGCGUACAUCCCGCGCAAGGGGCUCUUCUUCGAGCACGACCUCCGAGGGCAGACGCAGGAGGAGGAGGUCAGGCCAAAGGGUCGUCAGCGGAAGCUGUGGAAGGACGAGGGGCGCUGGGAACACGACAAAUUCCGGGAGGACGAGCAGGCCCCCAARACCAGGCAGGAGCUGAUCGCGCUGUACGGGUACGACAUCCGCUCAGCCCACAACCCCGAYGACAUCAAACCCCGCAGGAUGCGCAAGCCACGGUUUGGCAGUCCCCCUCAGCGAGACCCCAACUGGUCCAAUGAGAGACCCCCCAAGCCCCCGAGGCACCAGGGUGCCAAGAGCCCCUCAGCCCCACCACGCUCCUUCAACAACCGCAGCUCUGCCGGCACCGGCAGGAUGCCCCCGGCCAGGAACUACCCCAGGAUGGGGGGCUACAAGGAGACCCGUCCUGGCUACCGAGCUUCAGAAUCAACUGUCCCUCACCGGAAUGGGGAACAAGCCAAACAGGAAAGCAGCUACCGUGGGAAGCGUGCAGAACAGAGCCCRUCGAGGGACACGUCCCCCGAGCUGGAGGUGACACACAUCCACGGCAGCCCUGGGAAGGAGGAGGGGGCUCUGGAAAACCAAGCCACAGCUGCUGACUCAGCACAGCCACCACCAGACAGACCAGUGGAGAAGAAAUCUUAUUCCCGGGCAAGAAGGACCAGAGUCAAGGCUGGGGAGGCGGGGAAGCUGGCAGAGGAUGUGCCCGCUUCYGAGGGGCUGGCUCCCGUGAUUCCAAAACCCACACCAGCCGAGACCUCCCCACCUCCAACCAAGAGCAGCUGGGAGUCACAAGUGGAAUCCAGCGUAGAUGGAGUUGAGCAGGAGAUGACCCAGAUGAACCUGACGGAGCAAAACUGGAGCCCGGGGCAGUCCCAGUUCAUCCCGCCCCGGGAGCUGAGGGGUAUUCCCAACCAUAUGCACGUGGGAACCGGGCCGCCACCGCAGUUUAACCGGAUGGAGGAGAUGGCGGUGCCGGGGGGCCGCGUGAAGCGCUACUCAUCGCAGCGGCAGAGACCCCCCGUGCCAGAGCCCGCGCCCCCCAUGCACAUCAGCAUCAUGGAAGGGCACUACUACGACCCACUACAAUUCCAGGGACCAAUCUACACCCACGGUGAGAACCCAGCCCCGCUGCCGCCCCAAGGGAUGAUUGUGCAGCCAGAGAUGCACCUCCCUCAUCCAGGUUUACACCCCCACCAGACGCCCCCUGCCAUGGCAAACCCCGGCCUCUACCCCCCACCAGUGUCCAUGCCCCCAGGCCAGCCCCCGCCRCAGCAGCUGCUCACUCCGACUUACUUCUCCGCUCCUGGAGUGAUGAAUUUCGGGAAUCCUGGCUACCCCUACCCCCCUGGAGCUCUGCCCCCUCCGCCCCCUCCUCAUCUCUAUUCCAACACGCAGGCGCAGUCCCAGGUGUAUGGGGGGGUCACCUACUACAACACUGUCCAGCAGCAGGUGCAGCCCAAGCCCUCCCCGCCCCGCCGGACGUCCCAGCCAGUGACCAUCAAGCCGCCUCCUCCAGAGGACAGCAAAGGUGAAAAAUCAAAGGAGAGGAGCAACACGUAGGGACACGGCCACAGGAAUCCCAGCGCCAGACUCGGCACCUUGGCGAGGAGGAAGCUGCUCCUUGGAAUGGCUCCUUCCCUGYGCGGAGGUGAGGCAGUGGGAUGAGACACCUGCACCGUGCUCAGGGCAGGGCACUUCCCRAAAUUCAUCUCGCUGCUGCCCGGCCCCCUCCUCCCCCGCGCUGGGGCUGCCGAAGAACCAACCCCCGAGUCGGUCCUUGGCCACACGUUCUCCCAACUUCUCCCCGUUACUAAACGUUCCCUGCUCCCUCCUGGGAUGUCAAACUCCGCUGGCUUGAUCGUGGUCUCUUGUUUUUAUUUAAGGAAUGAAGCAGCUCCUUCAGUAAAGCUGAUUUGUUUCUUUUGGGUA